GCCCUAACGGUGACCAAAAUGGACGCGAGGAACUUGGAAAUACGUAGCAAAUCUGUUGAACAGACAUUGAUGCCAUUAAUGUCCCAGAUUACAACGCUUGUCAACCAUAAAACUACGAGGCGAAAGAGAUCAGCACAUGCACGCAAAGCAUUGCAGGGAAUUUGUGCAAGGUUGAGAGAAGCAGUAAUGCAUUUCGUCAAAAUUGGAGAAGAAAUAGCCAGCGAAAAUCCCGAGUUUGCCGCGGAUAUGAGCGGGGCUUGCAAGGAAGCGAAAGAGUCUGCCUCCUUGAUGAGCAGUUUGACAGAUGUGAACGGCGAAGGAGACACGGCAAUCACUGAAAAAGCAAAUAUCAUUCGCGCUGCUAGAGCCCUGCUGGCUGCUGUGACUCGAGUGCUCAUUAUUACCGACAUGGUCGUUGUCAAAAGACUCGUAAAUGCCGCGAGGAAGGUCGAUGAACGGCUUCAAGCAUUGGAGGGUGUUAACAACUUCACCGAAUUCGUUCAAGCUUUCUCCCAUUUUGGUGCAGAUAUGGUAGAGCUCGCCCAUCUUUCUGGCGAUAGACAGAACGAUUUAAAGGAUGACAUUUCCAAAGCUGAAAUGUGCGCGGCAAGGACCCUGCUUGAAAAGUCGACAAUGAUGUUACUAACAACUUCAAAGACGUUUCUUCGUCAUCCCGAUUCAAGUUCGGCAAAACAGAACAGAGAAGGUGUCUUCCUCAAGAUGCGAAGUGCUAUGAACACAAUCACAUCAGUUGCUCAAAGCACUGCUCAAAAACGUGAGCCGAAGAAGGGGCGACUCAUAUUGGAUCUUAAGAGCUUUGACCACGUGGUGGAGAGAUUGAAGAGCAAGGGUGAUCUCAACAAUACUGAGCUGAAAAAACGGCUGGAGGAAGGUUUGAUGAGAAUACUGGAAGAUGCGAGAACGAUUGCUCAGGCGCCGCACACCAAGUCUGAAAAGAGAGAAACCAUUUUUGCGCUCUGUGAAAAUGCUGAAGAUGUUUUGAAAGAUCUAACUUCCGCGGCAGAGGGGAAGGAUGAAAAUCAAGACUUGACUUUGCAAAGAAUCAGCAAAAUGACUAAAGAUCUUAAAACUGAGGUUCAGCAAGCCGCGAGCGAUCAGGUUUUCGAGACUUUCUCACAUUUGGGUCACAAGAAAUCGUUGCCCGCAUUGCGGGCGGCAGCAUCGACGGGUAACAGUGCCCGUGUCGAUGAACUCGCUGAAAUCUUCGUGCGGGAUGUUAAGAAGUUACUUGAAGUAUCGAAAGUUGCGAGAAAUUUGUCCGCAAGUGAGCCGAUCGCGAUCACCGCAGAAAAAGUCGAGGAAAAUAUUCAAACGCUAUGUCCACAUGUCAUCGAGGCGGCGCGAACUUUAGCUCACCAUCCAGUUAGCAAAAUAGCUCAGGAGAAUUGUACAGUAUUUAUAGACAUUUGGGAGUCCCAGGUGGAAGAGCUUGGAAAACUUCUGCGGAGUAUUAUCAGCGGUGGUGAUCUUAGACGUAUAGAGAACAAACCAAUGCAAAAAGAUACCUUGCCUUCACGAAUUGACCGAAUGCUGAAACGAGGCUUGAAACGUGAAUCACCAGCUACUUCGGACAGUGAGGAUGAAAGUGAUGGUUCUUAUCAAAAGAGCUCAAUGGAGCAGGAAAAGUUGGCAAAGAUUAUUCAAGAUAUCGGCUCGUUGACGAUGUCAACGGAGAUCAAUGGCUGCGAUAUUGAACCGCUGCACGAGGAGGCAAUGAGACGAGCCAGGGAAAUGUCUACAAUUGCAGAAACUAUGAAUAAAUUUCUCCGAGGAGAAGGCAGAAUCCAUUCAUCGAAUGAGCUAUUCUUUGAAGCACAGCGUUUUGCAGAUUUGGGGAGAAAAUUUCACAAACUCAGCACACAGUUUCUCCUGCAGUUUCCAGAUAUUCUGCCCAAGAAACAGCUUGUACCUUACGUUGAUCGCCUCCCAGGAUAUUGCCAGCAACUAAACUUCGCCAGCAAAUCGUUCGCCGUUGGGCAAUCUGCGACGUAUAUCAAGGCUGGUAGCGCCAUUCACCUCACGAGAAACAUCUUGAAGAUCAUAAUGAGAAUUCUGAAAACGUUUCAUAAUUUAACCGUGGAGGGUUCAGAGCAUUCCGGGUUAUAUCGUCCAAGUUGGACUUCAGAUUUCUCUGAUGACUCUACAAUAUCCUCGUUAUCCUCGACAACACUCACAUCAUCUCAUACCCCUGAACCAUCCCAUUAUGCAAUAGGUAUCUCUGAUGUGGAGUCCGACAUAGAUUCCCCUCUUUCCUAAAUGUUGGAAAAAAAUACAUACGUAGAUUAUCAAUGCCUCGUUUAUAUAACGUUUGUAACAGUCUUCAAGAAUGCUAGCAAGUUUAGCCUUAAAUUUAUUGUAAUCUCAUACGACAGUAUGAUAUCUAGAGGUUAUUGUGCCAAAAAAGUAUUGUUAAUGACUUAUUGUUACUAAGUAAUUAUUGACUUGUUGUUAGUAAUGCAUUCUAAGUUAAGAACAGACGAUAGAAUUAUGCAAAAUAAAAACUUUCAAUUAAUUACAUUCAAUCGCAAAAUAAACCCACGUACAUGGAAAUGUGUUGUCAGGCUUGCUGCAUUUACAGACACUAAAUGUUUGGGUCAAACCGUAUAGAGAAGUUAAAAAAAACCCUGUUUCUAAACCUGAUACACUGCCCAAGUUGUUUUGUGUUUGUAUUGAUUUUCGGGCAGCCCGGAAUCCGGGUUCGAUAUUAUUUAAC